AUGGCUAAGGAGGCAGCAGGAGUUGAAGAAAUAAUUAAACCGGAAGGAAAACCGUCAUCUUUGCGAAGCGUCCGCGUAAAACCGGAUAGACAAAAAGAUAAACAACUACAAAGCGAAAAAGACAACGUCAGUAAUAAUAAUAAUAACAACAACAACAACAACAACAACAACAACAACGAAAAAUGGCAACCACCGCCGAAAGUCCAAUCGGAAAAUUUAGACGAAACGAAAAUUGAAGAAAAACCGGAAGACACGACAACGAAAACGGAAAUGUCUCCAUUAAAAACAGAAAACGAUACAGUAAAACCGGAAACGGACAUUGAAACCAAUCAAAACACGAAAAACCGUGACGAUAUCGGUGAGGAUAGAAACCGAAAUGGUUCCGGUAAAACCGGAAGAUCCUCCAACGUCGAAAACAGAACAAAUUCCAUCUCCGACUACCACCACCUGCACCACCACCACCACCACCAAAUCAGAAGAACUAGAAAAAAAAGAGAUCAAAAUAAGAUGAUACCGGUUAAGAAAGAACCGAUAACCGAAACCGAAUCGCCGAUCGAAGGGAAAGAAAACGUCCCGGAAAUAACACCGUGCAGACAAAAAAUACAAGAAACCACAAACAAUUUCAUCCACGAAUUCAAAAAGAGAAAAUUGGACAUACUCAAAGAGGGAGGAUUGGAAGUGACGCCGGUGAGGACCGCCCAAAAAGACAAUAGACCGACGGUCAUCCAAACUCCGCCGGUACAACUGAUACCGAAAUCGGAAUCGAUGCCGCCGCCGACUACCCUACCUUUAAAAAGAAACCACGUCACCGUACCCCAAAUACAUUCGACCCCGAUCAAAAAAAUCCCCUACAGCUUCCCUAACGGCACCACCCCGCCCAAAGUGCUCCAAUCCAAAUCGAUUUACACCUAUUCGGAAAAAACGAUCUACGGCAACCCCAAAGAUAUAUUGAACCCCAUAGCGCACGCCCCCAAAUUCGUCGAAAGACAACCGGGAGGCGAUCCGGUGGAUCUAUCGGUGAACAGCCCCCAGAAACCGAUAGUGGAAAUAAUGCGGAUACCGCAAACUUCGACGACGAACAACACCCCUUUCAAUAGAGACACGGUCACCAAAAAUUUAUACAAAACGAAUUCCAUAGUGGACGGUAGACGGUUGGGCCCCAAUUUGGAAAUAACUUUGGUCGGACCGAAUAAUUACGCGAGAACGAACGCGGCGCAAAAACGCUUCUCCAACGAUCCCUACGCCCUAAGGAACGAAGAGAACGGCAAAAAUCGAUCGAAAUCGAACGCCAAACCGGCGACUAGCACCAGAGCCCCCUCGCACCAACAACAGCAACAACAACAACAAAAUUCGAAACAGUUCCCGAACCAGUUGCCCGGUUUUCAGCCUUAUUUGACGCAACUGUACGAACAGGCUAGCAAAAGUAUACCGCCGCCGUAUUUGCCUUUUAUCGAUCCCGCCAUGUAUUAUACGGCCGCUAUGCAGAAUUUGUAUUCGAAUAAUAGUUUGAAUUCGGCGCCCAUUUUGCCGAUGCCCACGCCGGAACAGCUCAAAUUGUACGCGGAAUUGAUGGCGACGCACGGUAGGAUGCAGUAUCCUUUUCAGAUGCCAAAGGAUAUUAGCAAAUUGAAAAAACAAUAAUCGCGAUAUUUGUGUACCGGUCCGGUCCGGUCCGGUCCGUUUUCGUAUUUGGAAUUUUCAAUUGAAUCGAAUCGUUUUUUUUUUUUUCUUUUUAAUUUGUUUCCGCUAGUUUUUGAAUCGCUUGAAUUUUUCUCGUGUUUCCUGUCGGUAAUUUUUGGUGCUUGUCGAUGA